AUGAACUCCAGGCCUGGACCUGAAGGGAGCCCAUUGGACCUGAACAACUUGCCGGAGGAGUACGGCAAGCAAGCGGUAGAGAGCUCCACGACCACCGCCACAUCAAGCGCCGAUGCAGUUACUAGGAUAAAGAAGAAGAGCCGUGGAGGGAAGGAUGCUGCUGCAAAGGUGUAUGAGUGCCGGUUUUGCUCCCUCAAGUUCGGCAAGUCUCAAGCGCUUGGCGGCCAUAUGAACCGCCAUCGACAAGAGAGGGAGACUGAAACCCUCAGCCGUGCCCGGCAACUCGUCUUCGGCAACGAGAGCCUCGCCGCCAUCGGCGCGCAGAUGAGUUUCCGGGAUGUGAGAUUGGCUGGCGCUGCCUCACCGACCGUACUGGGAGGAAACUUCCGGGGAGGCGCCAGCGCCACCGGUGGCAGCAGCAUCGGCGACCCGUGCCUCCCGUUCCGGCUGUCGCCGCAGCCUUCGUACCAUUACCUCUACACGGCGCCACCAUCCACACUGCACCCGAUGAGCUACCCAGCGACGUACCCGGGCCCACCGCGCCAGCCUGCGGUCGGCGACUACGUCAUCGGCCACGCAGUCUCCGCCGGCGGCAGCGACGCCCUGAUGCAGUCGACACACCGCGGCAGCUUAUCUUGCUUCGGAGCUCCACUCACCGCUCUGCCGGCUGCGGCGGCGGCGGCGGCGGCGGCGGUGGCUGCUGGUGCUACGAACGUGCAGGCGGCCGACAAAGUUAACUGCAACUGCGGCUUCGGCUGCGGCGGCCACAGCAGAAAUAAUAACGUGAAUGCCUCCACUUGA